AUGAUACCACCGCCACGGCGGUCUGCCUCCUCGACCCCGAAAGACUACCGUAGUAGCCGGGAUCUGCAGCCAUGGCGGGGGGUCUCGUCCGGCGAUGCCGCUGAAACCUCCCAGCAGUCACGACAUCGACGCGAUGCUAUAGCUGACGGCGGUGGGCGACUCAAGGGAGCGGCACAAAGCUCACCAUCAAGUGGGACCAGACGAAGCGGCCCCUACGCGCAGGGUAGGGCGAUGCCCAAGAACGAGAACAUCCCGAAGCCGGGAAAGCAGCGCCUCGGUCCUCGCAAGAAGAAGCUAUCCACGUUAAAGAAGAAGAUUUUGUUAGAUAGGUUGGAGAGAUGGAGAGACAAGCAGCACGAGGGGGCCCUGUCGACCCCUUCUGCUACUGCUUCUUCCGAGGAAGCAAAGUGUAACAACCCUUUCCCUCUCUGUCCUCCGGGAGAGUUAUCACCACCACCGUCGCCGCCGGCAACAAUCUGUCCGGCUGUCGUCGACAAGUCCACGAGCUACGGUCAGGUUGGAGGUGCCAAUGGCGAGAGAAGUGUGUGGGCAAUCACGAUCUACAACCUUGUGGACCAGGAGGAUGUUGAGGACGACGACGACCACGCGGAGAUAGAGCGAGAUUUAUGGGACAUGUCUUCGGCGUUCGGCGUCGUGCGCAGCGUACAGGUCCCGCGCGGCACCGCCGUACAGGUUAGCGACGCCGAGGUGUCUGCGGCAGCCGCAGCGGGGGAGCCGGCUGCAGUAGCGGCGAAGGUGGCAUUUGCAACGAACGCCGAGGCCGAAUGCGCGAGGGACGGGCUGAACGGCCGAAUCGUAGGCGGGAAACCGUUGCUUGUCAGAAUACACCGCUGUGAUGGCCACUUCUGCGGCGGCGUUUGCCCUGGUGACCCCGACGGCAGCGGCUUGUGGCGGGUUGCCAUCGAAAAUUUGAUCGACGAGGAGGACGACCUAGACGACGAAGAUGAGUACGCCGAGAUCUCCGCCAACGUUUCGGCCAUGAUGGGGUGUUACGGAAAGCUCGUGGAUGUCCAGGUACGGAGGAGCAGCCCAAGUAAAGGCGAAGUACAAGAAGAUGUCGCAACAAGGGCGGCGACAACGGCAGGAGCUACACAGGCGGUCGUGGUUACGUUCGGGUCUCUAGCGGAGGCAGAGGCGUGCGUCCAGGGGAUAAAAGGGUGCCGUGUGGGAGGAAAAGAGCUUGACGCCCACGUUGUUCUCGAUUCGGAGCGAGUCCUCCCUUCGAAUCCAGCAUUCAAGUGCGACCAAGAGCAUGCCCACUCAUCGGACGUUGCCGCAGCCGUAGCCGGCCAGGGCGACUCGAUGAUGAAACAAGAAGCCGGGACGGAACCGUCACCAUGUGUUGACCAAGACACCGCCGCUGCAGUUGCAAGCAGCACCGAAUGGCGCGUGGUCAUCCGAGGACUGAUCGACGAAGACGACCUGCAGGACGACGAUGACGACUACGCCGAGGUGUGCUCAGAUGUGACCGCCUUGGUGAGCAGUUAUGGAGCAGUGGUCGGGCUUGACAUUCCCCGGGGUCGAGAGACCGGCAGCUGCUGCUAUGGAGCUGAGCCGGGAGAGGCCGUGGUCGUGUUUAGGUCCCUCCAGGAAGCUGAAGCAUGCGCACGGGGACUGAGCGGACGGAAGGUAGCUGGGAACAUCCUCGACGCUCAAGUCUUGACGCAACCAGCACCGUCGCAACAGGGGCCGCUGCAAGGGGGGGCAAGUGGUACCGGCCCUCCUGUUGCCAACAGAGAACGGAAGCCGGCAAAGGAAUGCCCGCUCCCACAACAUCAGGCUUCAAGCCACCAAUCAUGUGGCAAGGUUCCAGAGCUUGAUGGCUCUGGACCGGGAAUGCUGCGAGGCUUCGGAAACAGGGUAGAGGACUGCUGUGGGCGCCCUAAGAUCGCCUGUACUGAUUCGGAUGAACCACAGGCAAUUGCCGCAGCGGCGCCGCCGGGGCAGUCCAUCGAAGGGCCGAAGACUACGGCUCUCGCCAAAGCGGGGAAGAGGAUACAGACAAAGUACCAGGAGGCAGCAGCGCUGCCGAAACCUCCAGGCGUACGUGGGGGUUUGCCCAACGCAUACGUGAACCAGCCUCCAGACAAGGAGGUUAACGAUCUGGUCUUCGAGAUGCUGCAACUCCUGUUCAAGUUUCAGGAACGUGCCCGUCUUUCGGACCCGUCCAAGGCGAAGACCAGGCGACGACUAGUCAUAGGGCUGCGAGAGGUGCUACGAGGCGUGAAGGCGAAAAAGGUGCGCCUUCUCAUCGUCGCGCCCAACGUGGAUGCCGUUGGGGGAGAAGGAGGGCUGGAUGACAAGGUGGUCGAGAUCAUUGACAAGGCGCGGGAGGCAGAAUAUCCCGUCGUGUUCGCCCUGUCCAAGCGUAAGAUUGGCAAGGCGCUUGGGAAAACCAUCAAGGUCAGCGCGGUAGGCGUUUACAGCUUCGACGGCGCCAAUGAGCAGCAGAAGCAGCUGAAACGUCGAAUGGAGACCAUCAGCUCGCUACCGUCGCCAUCCCCACGGCAAAGUGACCCGCCGACAGACGAUGCGUUGGCGUCACCACCGAGUUCUUCCGCGUGUGGUGAUUCACAGGACCCAGCAGGGAAAGGGUCGAGAGUCUGA